AUGCGACUGACGGUGGACAUAAUCCGCCGCGCUCCACAGUUUACCAACACCCUUUUGCAGCGCGAGAUUGACCUCCGCGGUCUCGGUUUAACUGUGCUUGAUGAGCGGCCUUUGCAACUGCUGAACGACAGCUUUGACGUGCUGAACCUCUCGCAGAACCCCCUUGUGCGCCUAGAGUAUUUUCCUAGCGGUAUUGGCGCGGGCACGGCGUCAAUGGCGGGGGAAACGGUGUCUGUAGAUCCGGGGAGGCGAAUGAUGCUUCGUUUGCAGUCUCUUAUCGUACAUCGUAAUCACCUUUCGCACGUGAGCGAGGCGACGUGCGCCGCACUGCUUCCUAACAUGCGGGCUUUUUUAGCGGAUUACAACGACUUUCGCGAGCUGCGUGAUUUGUUGUUCUUGUCACACUGGCGGCAGCUUGAGAUCCUCUCCAUUGAACACAAUCCAGUGACCCAGCGCGAAAGUGAGGUGCGGCUGCGGGCGUUUGUUGUUUUUAUUUGCCCCAAACUAAAGCUUGUCAACUACCAGCGUGUCACGCAGGUUGACAGGCGCAACGUGGAGACAAUGCGGGAGGAAUUUGAGCAAAUUAUGAAGGAGUGGCGAUGCCUUGGAGAACAGAGCCGUGGGGGUCAAAGCAAAAAUGGUGAGUGCAAUGACAAGACAGCGGGAGUUAAUGGAGAUGCUGCUGUUAACGGCAGAAGACCGAGGAAACGUGGCCGUGAAGCCCGGGCGGCUGCUGCUGCUGCUGCAAACAACUUCAGUAGCGGCGAUGGUUUUGGGGAAGUGGCUUCAGCUGCAGUUGGCUCAUCGACGACAGUCCCUGCGGUGACUGCAUCGGAUGCCACACACGAAGUGGUUGACAGCACUCAAGCCCGUCUAGUGGCACUGGAAGCGAAAAUGUCGGCUGCGGAGACAGAGGAGGAGUUACUGGAGAUACAGCAGGAGAUCAUGGAGUUGGAGGCUGCCGCAAGGCAGCAGCAGCAGCAGCAGCAGCAGGAAGGGGCGAAGUCUAAGCGGGCCCGUACUACCUGA